GGCGUAGCGAGCUGUCGUUUCAACGGCUAAACCUAACCGGGAGAGUCAUUUUUCCCCCAGCCUCAACCACCGACGCCGGACGGGAAGCGAAGAAAUGGCGGAAUCCGAAACGAGCGAUCAGCUAGCCGCCUUCUUCCAGUCCGGCAUUUACCGCUUCAGUAACUGCGCCGUCGCCGUCGUGUUCAUGGACCCAGUCCGCAUCCUGAAUCGCUCGUAUUCUCGAUUUAGGGUUUCGCCGUCCACAUACUACUCCCGCUUCUUCAGUUCCAAUCUCGCCGCCGAUUUCGCCCACCGUGAAACUGAAUUCUCUUCAAGUUCAAAGAAGCGGAAGCGGAAGGAGAAGAAGCUUCCCCUGUUGAACGAGCGAGAACAAGCCGCCGACCAGCGUCAUCAGCUAGCUCGGCCGCUGUUGUUGAAAGCGCACGAGUGUUUAAUUGGAGCUUCUGAGCUUUUGGGGAUUCUGAGAAGUUUAAGCUGCGAUUCCUCUUCCAUGGCGGAACGCCGGAAGCCAGCGGUCGUCGAGACAGAGUCCUCGUUUGUUGAGCUUGGAAAAGUCUGGCAAGCUCCCCUUUACGAAAUAGCCCUCAAGUUUCCUCGAUCUUGCCGGAGCAACGAAAAUGAAGGCAACAUUGUUGAUCAAUGCUGUGACCAGGGAUUGGUUCCUGUGUUCAACAAUUUGGUUGUUAAUGAGACUGGUGAUGAAGUAGAAGCUGAAUUUCUGAGCAGGAAAUAUGUGAUACCUCGAGAGAGUUGCUUCUACAUGUCAGACCUGGGGAAGAUUCAGAACCUGAUCCCUGCUGAUUCUGGCAGCGGCUUCAAUCUUAUACUGAUCGAUCCACCAUGGGAAAACGCAAGUGCUCAUCAGAAACUAAUGUACCCGACUUUGCCUAACCGGUACUUCCUGAGGCUUCCCAUUAAGAAGCUCGUCCAUUCGGAUGGGGCUCUCCUAGGCUUAUGGGUGACCAACAGGGAGAGACUGAGAAAAUUUGUCCUGGAAGGGUUGUUCCCCUCAUGGGGAGUUACUUAUGCUGCUAGCCUUUUCUGGUUGAAGGUCAAAGCAGAUGGAUCAUUGACCAGUGAUUUGGACCUAUUUCAUCACAGGCCAUAUGAAUGCCUUCUUUUGGCGUACUGCAACACUAAGGAAUGGGAGGAACCAUGGAAGAUCAAGUCGUGAUAAGCAUCCCGGGUGAUUACUCGAGAAAGCCACCAGUUGGAGGUAACCCUCAUCUCAUUUACAAAUGUUUUCCCGCACAGCACAGAUGGUUACAAUUGGAAAGAAAGGAACUUGAUCAUCUCAUCUGCUACUCCAUUUCAGAGCUUCUGCAGAAGUACGUGCCAGGCGUUGGGCCUCCUCGAUGCAUCGAGCUUUUUGCGAGGGAGAUGAUGGCGGGGUGGGCUUCGUGGGGGACGAGCCUCUACACUUUCAGGAUUUCCAUUAUUUUCUGCUGAAGCAGGAGGAUCCUGUUGUACUGCAAUGAUGAUGAUAGACAUCAUAGGUUGUAUGUUUUGUAUUAUUAGAUUGGCGUGGUGAGGGAGACAAGGAAGGAAGAAGAAGGGGAGGCAAUUGGGUGGAUGUUGGGCAGGCCGGUCCAAGUCGGGCCCAAACAAUUAGAUACGGUCAAAUGCAAAGACCGGACGCGGACCGUGAAAGGAAAGCCAAACCCACGUAGAACCAAAAGAAACAAUAAUGAGGAACCUUAGAAAAACAAAAACGAACAAAGAGAAUAGAGCCCAUUAUCAGAAACAAGUUUUGCUGGUCCAUCGUUGUCACUUUUCUUUGUUGGGUUUGACCAAUUAUUGCAGUUCAGUUCAUCCAAUUCCAAGCAAGUGAACCUAUUAACAGGUUGUGUUAGCUUCUGAUCAUUGCUAACUGGUGUCCUUUUUGAAGCACAACGCACAAGUAGGGUCAACAACAAGCUUACUGAGCUGGUUUGUUCAUCUCUUGUAAUAUGCCAUAUCAAGCAGAAUCAGCCAAGAAUGCUUUUCCAGAUCCAGAAACAUGACAAUAUUCAUGUUUAGAUCAGAAACAAAACACUGUUUUAGCA